AUGUGGUGGAUCAUAAACGCCUGGGCCAGUGCUAUCUUCCUCUUGAGCAUCGUACUUUCAGUCCCCAUUGCCUUCGACGUCGGCGGGCGCGAUGCCGGCCUGGCCUACUCGCUGUCGCUCUUCCUCUUCUACGUCUUCUACAGCACCACGAAGCUACUGACGCCUGAAAAAUCGCGCGUGCGCUGGUUCUUCACCACUCUUAUCGGCUGGUCGCAAUGGAUUGUCCUUCCCGCCCUGCUCAUCUGGUCGCUGAACCGCUUCUCCGUCGACGCCGGUAGCACGGGCUGGGUGUCGCGCACCUUCUCCCAGAUCGCCACUCGCCAUCGCCCCAGCAGCUGGCGCGAGUGGUUCUUUGGCGAGGAGGGCUUCCUCGAGACGGUCGCCCUCGGCGGCUGGGACAAUACACUGAGCUACUCGAGCCCCGUCUUCCAGCUGCUCGAGGGCUUCUGCAGCCUGCUGGUCAUCCAGGCCGCUGGACAAAUCACAAGAUGGCUCGUCAACCGUGGUCGGAGUGACACCUGGGUGAUCAUUCUCCUCGUCUUCUCCGGCUCCAUUAUCUCGAGCGCCGUCUAUUUCCUCUGGCGCGUGGCGCGCUUCCCACAAAUUGGCAACCUCGAUGCUACCCUUAUCGGCGUCACUAUGACCUCCGCCGUCUUCCUCUGCGCUUUUGGCAUUGGUAGCGGACGCGGCAACCCCGUCGAGUCCUCUUUGCUUUUUGCCUACAUUGUCCUCUGCGUCUAUCAGAUAUUCACCGACUACCAGCCCUCUGCCGAGGCCGCUGCGGCCGCCGAGCAGGCUGCCGCAAUGCAACCUGACUUUCCGCCGUUGCCCCCAAUCAUCAUGGCCUCAUACUCGACCUUGCUGCACAUACUUGGCACCCUCCCCUCGGCCGUACACUCGUCCGUCCAGUUCCUCUACGCCGCAUUCCAGACCAUCACGCCCAGCGUCAUCAUUUCAUUAACAUACCGUAUCAUCGUGUUCUACUGCGCCACGCGCAUUAUCCCCGCCGUCAGGGAGUUAGGGGCCCAAGCGAUCAUAGAAGAGCCCAGCUUGGAGGACACGGACGGUGCUAACCGCCUGCUUGGGUUCCUCAGUUGGUUCUCGCCAUCGAUGUUGAUUGCGGUAUAUACGAGCUUAUUAUUACAACACUUCACCGUCUCCAACGCCGGCGACGACGUUGGUUGGACACUGCGGGCAGGCGAUGCCGGGGGGAGCACCUGGCGGUGGAUCAACAUCGCCGCGACCAUGGGGCUCUACGCCGUGGAGCUGUAUCUGGGCGGCGACGGAGACGGGGGUGCUCAUUGGAAAACCGACUAA